AUGCUAUCUCGUUCCACCCGUUCCAUUUUGACCCGUGCCUCCAAGGUUCAACCAGCUGCUCUCAGAAUGUACUCUUCUUCUGAAGGUUCUGUCGGUUCUACCAGAUCAGAUGGCUCUUCUGAUGCUUUCACUAAGAGAGAAAAGGCACAAGAAGAUUUCUAUGUCAAGCAACACGAAAAGGAACAAUUGGCUCAAUUGAGAGAACAAUUGAAGCAACAACAAAAGAAAAUCGAUAACUUGGAAGAGAAAUUGGACAACAUUACCAAAUAA